AUGGAGAGCUCUGCCAAGAUGGAGAGCGGCGGCGCCGGCCAGCAGCCCCAGCCGCAGCCCCAGCAGCCCUUCCUGCCGCCCGCAGCCUGCUUCUUUGCCACGGCAGCGGCGGCGGCGGCGGCGGCAGCGGCGGCGCAGAGCGCGCAGCAGCAGCAGCAGGCGCCGCAGCUGAGCCCGGCGGCCGACGGCCAGCCCUCAGGGGGCGGUCACAAGUCAGCGUCCAAGCAAGUCAAGCGACAGCGCUCGUCCUCGCCCGAACUGAUGCGCUGCAAACGCCGGCUCAACUUCAGCGGCUUCGGCUACAGCCUGCCGCAGCAGCAGCCGGCCGCCGUGGCGCGCCGCAACGAGCGCGAGCGCAACCGCGUCAAGCUGGUCAACCUGGGCUUUGCCACCCUUCGGGAGCACGUCCCCAACGGCGCGGCCAACAAGAAGAUGAGCAAGGUGGAGACGCUGCGCUCCGCGGUCGAGUACAUACGCGCGCUGCAGCAGCUGCUGGACGAGCACGACGCGGUGAGCGCCGCCUUCCAGGCUGGCGUCCUGUCGCCCACCAUCUCCCCCAGCUACUCCAACGACUUGAACUCCAUGGCCGGCUCGCCGGUCUCCUCCUACUCGUCCGACGAGGGCUCCUACGACCCACUCAGCCCCGAGGAGCAAGAGCUGCUCGACUUCACCAACUGGUUCUGAGGGGCUUGGCCUCGUCAGGCCCUGGUGCGAAUGGACUUUGGAAGCAGGUAGGUCGCAUUUGGGAGUGAACAGGAUGAUUUUCUUACCUUCCUCAUUUUUCCUCCGUCUUAGUGUCUGGAGGAGGGAGACUGUCUCCACGGAGAUUGGGGG